UCUCCUACAAACACACCAGGCUUCAGUGACCGAAGCGAGCAGAUUGUUUCACGCGGGGUAGCGUCAGCAUUUGAAGCUGGCUCGCCCGCUUGCUGCCGCCUGACCGGGACUAGGCGCUCUCCGGACAGCGGAUCAGGCUCGGAGCCCUAGAACCAGCGCGGAGCCCCACCAUGUCUACCACAGAAACCGAGGCGGAGCCCAACCUGACCUCCAAUGUGAUGCUGAACACGGAGAGCAGUGAGGGAUAUGUGGUGAAAGUGAGGGGGCUGCCCUGGUCCUGCUCCACUGAGGAGGUGCAGAGGUUUUUCUCUGACUGCAAAAUUCUAAACGGGGCUUUAGGUAUCCGUUUCAUCUACACAAGGGAGGGCAGACCAAGUGGAGAAGCAUUUGCUGAGCUUGAAUCAGAAGAGGAUGUGAAACUGGCACUGAAAAAGGACAGAGAAACAAUGGGACACAGAUAUGUUGAAGUUUUCAAGUCAAACAACGUUGAAAUGGAUUGGGUUCUGAAGCAUACUGGUCCCAACAGCCCUGAUACGGCUAAUGAUGGUUUUGUACGUCUUAGAGGACUCCCAUUUGGCUGUAGUAAAGAAGAAAUUGUACAGUUUUUUUCAGGGUUGGAAAUCGUGCCAAAUGGGAUAACAUUGCCGGUGGACUUCCAGGGGAGGAGUACGGGGGAGGCCUUCGUGCAGUUUGCUUCACAGGAAAUAGCUGAAAAGGCUCUAAAGAAACACAAGGAAAGAAUAGGGCACAGGUACAUUGAGAUCUUCAAGAGUAGCCGAGCAGAAGUGCGCACUCACUAUGACCCUCCACGCAAGCUGAUGGCAAUGCAGAGACCAGGUCCUUACGACAGACCUGGUCUGACGCGGGGAUAUAACAGUCUUGGUAGAGGAAGUGGCUUGGAAAGAAUGAGGCGUGGAGCUUACGGAGGAGGUUAUGGAGGUUACGAUGACUACAAUGGGUAUAACGAUGGCUAUGGUUUUGGUUCUGAUAGAUUUGGAAGAGACCUAGAAUGGACUCUCUUCUCUGCAGGAAUGUCGGACCACAGAUACGGGGACGGGACGUCCACCUUCCAGAGCACGACUGGCCACUGUGUCCACAUGAGAGGUCUGCCUUACAGAGCGACGGAGAACGACAUCUACAACUUCUUCUCACCUCUGAACCCCGUAAGAGUACACAUUGAAAUCGGACCAGAUGGCAGAGUGACUGGAGAGGCAGACGUCGAAUUCGCUACUCAUGAGGACGCGGUGGCCGCGAUGUCCAAAGACAAAGCAAAUAUGCAACACAGAUACGUAGAACUCUUCUUGAAUUCUACAGCAGGAGGAAGUGGUGGUGCCUAUGGCAGUCAAAUGAUGGGAGCAAUGGUCAAGGAAUCGGAAGGGGUAGUUCAAGAUUGGAACACUAGCACAUUGCCAGGAAGCCAAUCCAGUUACGGCGGCCCAGCUAACCAGCAGUUGAGUGGGGGUUACGGAGGCGGAUAUGGUGGCCAAAGCAGCAUGAGUGGAUACGACCCGGGAAGUCAGGGCGCCAUGAACAGCAGUUACUACAGCAGCGGGAACCGUGCGUCCAUGGGAGUGAAUGGCAUGGGUGGAAUGUCGAACAUGUCCAACAUGAGUGGCGGCUGGGGAAUGUAACCAAUUGCUGACUUUUGGUCAAAUCUUUUUUAAAAAACAAAAAAACAAAAAACUAAGUUUAACAGUUUUGCAAUACAAGCUUGUGAUUUAUGCUUUACUGUAAGUGAAAUCAGGAUUGUUAUUUUAAAACCUUUCAGGUUCAGUAUUUUUUGAACAUACAGAAAUGAACAUUCAUCUAGGAUGUAAUAACCAAGUUGAGCAAAGACUAUAACUGUUAAACAAUUUUGAGCGUUUCUCAAGUUAGUUUUGUUGUAGGAGUGUAUUUAAGCAGUAAGCGUAUUUAGGUUAAAGCUGUUUGACUUAUGUUAAAUGUUGCUCUUAUACCAUAUUACAUCCAACACUGUUUUGAAUACAUGUUGAAAAAAAACAUGCUUUUUUGUAAAGAAACAAUAUAGGAGCUGUGUCUGAAAUUCAAAGUGAACAUUUGGCAUGUUAGUUCUAGUUUAUUUCUUUUAAUAUCCUGUAAGGCACGUUAAAGCUUUUUUUUAAGUUAAUGGGGGAAACGUGUUGAGACGCAAUACGGCUACUUUAGGAUUUUGGUCUUGGUGUUCGUAUAAAAUUCUGAGGCCUUGAUUUAAUCUUUCAUUGUAUUGUGAUUUCCUUUUUAGGUGUAUUGCGCUAAGUGAAACUUGUUAAAUAAAUCUUCCUUUUAAAAACUGGAA